AUGCAGCGGAAUGCGUACACCUUUGCGCAGAAGACGCUCCCUGUAUCGCGGGAAGAGUUCGCUCACGCUUUUUUACGAUGUAUGCCACCGUCUGGAUGGUGUAGGACCAUAGCUGUCGCCAAUUCUGGUGGCCCGGAUUCGACAGCACUAGUGUUCAUGCUCAAGCGAUACGUUGACGACCUCGCGAGGAAAAAUGAAGGAAAUCCUGGGACUUCGUAUCCUAUGCGCGUCGUCUCGAUAACUGUCGACCACGGUCUACAAGAGAGUUCCGCGAGCAUGGCGGAGCUCUGUGCUCAGCGUGCAGUGGCCAUGGGUGUUGGGCAUUAUGGCAUGUCGAUCCCUUGGAAUCUGGAAAAAUAUCCCGACCUGCCGAAGACUGGUGUCGAGGGUGUCGCUAGAUUGGCGCGGUAUGAGUUACUGCAUAGAGGAAUGGAGCAGUCGGGGUCGGAUAUCAUUGCUUUUGGACAUCAUAGGGACGACCAGGUCGAAACGUCUUUGAUGCGUCUUGCGAGAGGGUCAAAAUGCCCCUUUCGGAGGUGGGGUAUGGGUGUUAGCGAGAAACUGGGACAUAUAGGCUGGACGGGUCUCGCUGGGAUGCAUAAGUGGAUUGUGCGGCCUCUGCUUGAUAUACCGAAGGAUAGAUUAUUGGCCACUUGCGAAUCCAACCAGCUUGAAUACGUGGUUGACCCGACGAAUUUCCGGCCAUCAUUGACCUUGCGCAACGCCAUUCGCGGAUUCUUGGCUUCCGGUGAAACGGACGUGAAGGUAUAUGCCAAGGGAGCAAAUCUCUCCGAUGAACAUGUGGUUGAAUUGGAAAAAGUUGGCGAGGAGCUCUCAAAAACGGCUAUGAUCAACGUCACCUCAAUAGGUCCCGAGCAGCUACGCGGGUCUGUGAAGUCACUGGGAACCAUGGUUCGUAAUAUGGACCUUGAAGUGGAAGCUUUGCUCAGCGAAAUGAAGCAACCCUCACCUAUCGGCACGUUUGCGAUCACCGAGCACAACUAUCAACGUAUCCAGCCUAGGCUACAGCUCUAUGUCGUUUUGCGUAUUUUGCGGUAUGUAUCUCCUCAUCCUUGGGGGUCUCUACGUUCCACAAAUAUGCGACGAACGCGGAGUCUGGAGCGCAUUCUGGCCAAACUAAAUUCGGACCCGUAUGUCACACAAAAUUUCGUUGCUGGUUCAGGCGUCAAGUGGUCUUCAGUCAUUUUCGACCGGGACGGCGUCAAAGCGCUUCCAAAGAUGUCGAAGCGGGAACCGGGACAGCUCGUUGGAUGGAUAGCUUCCCGACAGCCUCCGACACAGAAACAGCUGGAUUUCCUCGAACCUAACCCUCUAUAUUAUGAUGUCACAGCCUCGCUGCGGAAAGCGUUUAGUUCAGGGAAACCUUCAUGGACUCUCUUGUAUGACUGUCGGUUUGCCGUCCGUUUUGAUAUCACCGCCAUGCCACCUUCGAUGAUGGAGCUGCUCAGGUUCCCGGAUACGCAGAUAGUGGUUAUUCCCACAGAUCUGUUUCAUCCCCGAGUAGUGUUCAAGAGGGCGGAUGUAGAUGACGAGGUUCUUCAUAGCUUGGUAACGCUUGACGAAAGGACUAAACUCCCUGGACACGAGCACCCCGUGCCACCCACCUCCGCUAUAGUAUCGUCUUGGAUUUCAAUACAAUGGAUACGACCGUUCACCGGAUAA